ACGGAUUCACAUCCAAGCCUUUGUGAUAAUAUAUUGCAGAACGAAUUACAACUUAAAUCUGGUAGAUCGGAGAUGAACAGUUUGUAUACGAUUGCCUUGGAAACGUACCGGCAUGAACGGCGCGCCGAGCGAUCGAAACUGAGAACCAAAAUUAUAAGAUGAGUGUGCGUACUUAGUACAUAACCGAAUAAAUAAUAAAACACUUUACACGUGUAAAACACCACUUGAAUUGGCGGAAACGUGAUUGAAGAGGAGUGAUCGCGACACAAAAUCGAUUGUUUGUCGUCUGAAUGAAAUAAGGAAGAACUGACUUUCAAUUUCGAAUUCCUUGCUCUCGAGAAACGGCAAACAAACCAUCUACAAGAGCGAAUAUAGGUUUAACGACGAGAUAAUUGCCUAUAAUAAUACAAGGCGAAACCAAUGGAUGCGACCCUGUACAUCUUGUCGUUGCGAAUUACCAAGUUUUAAUUGAUUCGUGACAUUCAUGACUGUGGCAUAUAAACGGAGGAGUGGCUUCUCGUAAGUUUAUAUUGAGAUCUUAAAUGAUUUUUGCGGUUAACUAAUCCUCCUCAGAGGAAAGUGAUACUCCUUGGAUCUUCGCAUGUUUUUUUCAAGUCAUUUGCAGUCAUGAUAAAGAUAUAACUUGUGAUGUUAAGAUCAUCAUCAAUAGUUUUCAUAUGACCAUUAUAAAGUGAUCUAAAGGAGUUUCUAUUAAACCUUUCAAAACGAUACUCGGAGCAAACGACCGGUUUGAUGUCGUCAACCUGUCCACCAAAGAUUGAAAUUUCGAAAGGAGUACCUUGAUAAACUUGUGAACUCAGUGAUACAGCAACGCAAUUUCAGCGAAAGUAGGCAACAGAAACUGUGCCUUUGGCUGUGAAAAUUACAAGCAUCUUCAUUGCGGCCUGAUGGUUUAAUAUCCGAGUUCGUUCAGGGCUGAGCAAGAGAAAGGGGAGAAAGGGAUGGCGACGAAAACGGAAAUUGACGCCCCGUCGCGGUCGACGAUCUCGUCUCACACGGGCAGCGGAUUACGAUCAGGAUUCGGGCAUCCCGACACUCGAAAACAAUCGAAUGCGUCGAUCAGGGGGUCGACACAGCUCCAAGGUGGGAAGACCAGCGCGACGAAACUCGAGAACAAUUACAAAAUGGCGCCCGAAGCACGCUUCAACUCCAGUCGCGUCAAGGCUAUCCUGCGACAAACCUUAGAGACUAGACUCGAAUCUGUGGAGUACUGCCCCGAAACGGUCAAAAAUCUUACUAGAGAUCUUUGCGACGUGAUUAAACAUCAAGUUAAACUACUGGGAUUUUCGCGCCAUAAAUUGGUCAGCAAUGUGAUCAUUGGGCCGACGACGGGGCAAGGGGUCCGGGUCGCAAGCCGAUGCGUUUGGGACGAAAAACAUGACGAUUAUGCAUCAGUUUCAUAUCAAAAUGAGUCAAUGUUUGUUGUAGCGUCGGUUUAUGGCGUUUAUUUCGAAUAAUGCUGCCCAUUGUUACACUGACGUUUUUGCCAAGUUGACUUAAGAGUAUAACAUAAUGCAAUAAUUAGAGGCCUACCGAUAGUCCUAUAUUGAAAUGGAAUAACAUGAUCU